AUGAAUGGUAGCUAUGCCUCUGAAAAUGAGGAUUAUUAAUUAGUUGAUAAGAAUGAUAAUACUGCUGAUUAAGGUAUUCUUGAUAUCAAGGAAACAACAUUCAAUAACUUAAAUUAAAAAAACUUUGACUCAUUGAAUGAUGAUUCUCAUAAAAGACCUACUGUGAGCACCUUAUAUGAUCAAUCAAGUGAUUAACUAUUAGAAUUUCAAAGAUCAUCAAUGGGAAAUAAUAAAACAUACUUUAAUCAAUCUGAUGAAGUAAAACUGCACUCUUUAUAAACUGUUUACCCAACUGAUUUGAAAGAUGUUGAUGAGCAGAAUAUAUCAAAAAGUUUUUUUCGUAAUUGCUGUAAAAAAGACAUCAAUGCCAAAGAUAACUAAGGAAUAGGUUUCUUUGCAGCUUCAAGUGCUCUUUUAUGUAGAAUCGUGGGUGUUUCUUCAAGAACUUUCUACUACUUGCUCAGUGAAUGGGAUAUUUCAGUGAAUUACUUUAUAGUUUAUUAUUCGUGGGUUUUGCUACUAUUAGUGUUGUUGAUCCCAGUUUAAUGCUAAAUGAACAGAGAUUAUAAUGGCUAUAAAGGUUUUAAAACAUCUAUAGUGAGUGUUACAGCUGCAUUUAUUUUCUAUUUGGUUAUUCUAGGCUCUAUAUGGGUUAUGGUUGAUGAUUUACAAUGCAAUAAUUACUGUAAAGACAAUAAUAUUUGUAAAGAUGGCUCAAUUACAACUAACUGCAUCUACUAUUUCGCUAUAUUCAGAUAAUUUGACAAAUCCUUUGCAGUGUCUGCCUUUAUCAUUAUAAUAUUUAAGGCAACAAUUCAAGGUAUCUUAACUAUGCACAUUGCUUUAGAGCAAAUAUGUAUAUUAUUCGAUGAAAUAUUUUAUCAGUCACUUACAAGCAAUGUUUUACUGAAUGUAAUAAAAAAGCCUGAUAAUCAAAACAAUAGAUAUGACAUCAAGGAAGUUUUCAGUCGAAUAUAUCAAAUUAAAGAUGAUAAGAGUUCUUAAGAUCCAUCUGAAGAGACUAAUACUACAAACAAUGAUUUAUACAAGAAAUUAUCUUUAUAUGAUGAACUGAAGUAAAAAAAAUAUUGGAUGGCUCAUAUGAAUAUUCCUAAAAGAUAUAGAUACUUCUUAGCAACUAUUCUCUUCUUAGUGAACUUUUUGAUUAUUGGAUUUAGAAUAUAAAUCACAACUUUUAUUAACCUGCUAGGCUCCUCAACAAUACCACUUUUGAUUUAUUGUUAUCCUGGCUAUUUGUACUACAGAUAUAAAAUAGUUAAUAAUCAUAAGAAUGAGAGAAAUAGUAUCAUAGUAGGUAGAUUAUCUUUAGCUUUUGGAAUAUUUGGAUUAAUGUUGAUUUUCUGCUAUCUCUCUGUCUAUUUAUUUAAUAUUUCUACCUAUGCUAAUAUUUGA